AUGCAAACUAUAACUUCUCCCCCAGUUUUUAAUAAAAAAUAUUUCCAUGAUGUUAUGUUGGGCACUCAGACUAUAAAAAUAUUUUCGGACGUCAAGUUAUUUACUCUUGAAGUGUACGAACUCAACGAGAAUAAAGCUUUAAAUAAAAUUAUUAAAAUCAUUUAUAAAGUGAAGGAAGCUGAACCUUUUGUGGCAGCUCUGUUAGAUGCUAAGAUAAAGGAAAAUCUUUCAUCUUCAAAUGGUCAAGCUGAGAGAAGAAAAUCCUCAACAUGUAUACAAAAAAUAUCCAUCCCAGAUACUUGUUUGUAUAAAAAGAUUCUUCAACCUCGUCACGGGCUGAGUUAUUCUCAUAAAACUUUAGAAAAUGAAGAAAAAAGCACAUCCCUCGUCUCAUGUGCUAAUAGAAAUUCAAAUUUCGAUAACGUAAACUUGAAUCACGGGUGUUUAGAAAGAAAAGCGAAAGAAAAGUAG